AUGUCUUACGGAAGUACACCAUAUACAGUACCACCGCCAAACUAUGAUGAAGAGGCCAACCAGCCUUUAUUUGGCUCCAACAAUGACGAUGACAUGUACAAGGAGACUGUUGCAAACAGUUCCAAAGAAGUGCGUUUGCAAUUUGUUCGAAAGGUUUAUUCGAUUUUAGCCAUGCAAUUGUUUGCCACCUCAGUCAUGUCUUCCUUUUACAUGUUUAAUGAUGCUGCUCGAUCCUGGGUUCAAUCAAAUCAAUGGAUGUUGAUCGUUUCCAUGAUUGGUACGAUUGGUAUACUCUUUGCCUUGUUCUGGAAGGCAAGAUCAUUCCCUUUAAACUAUGGAUUAUUAGCGAUAUUUACAUUACUUGAAGCCCAUGCUGUAGGCACCAUUGUAACCUUCUAUAAACAGACGAUUGUUUUACAAGCAUUGUUGAUCACCCUCGGUGUCUUUAUCGGAUUGACGUUAUUUACACUUCAAUCAAAGUGGGAUUUCACAGGAUUGGGACCAUUCUUAUAUGCUGGUGUUUGGAUAUUAUUAAUUGCCGGUAUUGUUCAGAUUUUCCUUCCAUUCUCAAAGGGUGUACAACUUGCUCUAGCAGUGGGUGGCGUGAUUAUUUUUAGUGGCUAUAUUCUGUUUGAUACCUAUCUCAUCUUUAACCAGUAUUCUCCUGAGGAUUAUAUCAUGGCAUCUGUUAGUCUUUAUUUGGACGUUAUUAACCUUUUCCUUCGUAUCUUGGAAAUUUUAAGAUUGACAGACGACAAUUAA